GCGCUGUAUUCUGGCGUAGACCUCACCGAUGUUUGCUUGAAAGUCUUCAUUGCCAUGCCCGCGACGCAACUGUCUUUUCAGCCGGCGAGGGUCUAUGCGCCGUACUACACGCGGCAGUCAGUGUGAAGCGUGAAAGCUUCUUCCAUAUAUACCGCAUUCUCUGCCUCGCCCUUACCUCAUAGCGUGGUAUCACGAGCAGCCUUGGGACGCUGGCCAUGUCCUCUGAUUCACCAACUCCGCGCUCCAGUGCCAGUCCUAGAGAUAGGCCAGCCAGCCCGCAAAGUCCUGGAAGUCCUGGAAGUCCCAAUCCUCGAGACAGCCGGAAUCAACACAUACCUCCGCAUCCUUCACAUCUUAGACAAACGCACAUGCCUUCGCCGUCGCCUGAGAAUCGUCGAAUCGCUCCUGAUCUACAGGCAGACGGCAUUCAUCCUCAAGAUCAUGCACCCGGCGCCGCCGCCGACGUAGACUUCGAUGCUAAACAGCAGGAAGCCACCAUUGACGAGCCUCGGGAUGCUCCCAAUGCCGCAACGGCCUUGCUGAAUAGAUACAAUCAUGAGGAACAUGGGACAUGGUUCGCAAGACCUAAGCAUUCGCGUGGCUACGGCAGCUUUGCCAGUGGCUACGCGGAAACAGUUGGGAGCUUUGAGGAACACAGACCGUCGCUGGCUGGCCGAUUUCCGACUACGGACGACGUGAACCGGCAAUCGAAUGCAGGUCUUGUGGCUUCGCUGCCUGAUAGCGUCACAGAUGGUCUGCUGGGAAUGCCGAAGAAACGAGGCACUACACACUGGCUUGCCUCACGAGCCGGCAUAAAACGUGAGCGAUUAAUGUACAUGUACUACUACAUUCCAAUUACAAACUGGAUUCGACAAUAUCGAUGGAAGUUCUUACGAGGAGACUUGGUUGCUGCCAUAACCAUGGCCUCGUUCUAUGUGCCAAUGGCACUUUCCUAUGCCGCUAAUCUUGCCCACAUGCCGCCUGUGAACGGUCUGUAUGCUUUUGCCAUCAAUCCAUUCAUCUAUGCCAUUCUUGGCACUUGCCCACAGAUGGUAGUCGGACCUGAGGCUGCGGGAUCACUUCUGACGGGCAGCGUUGUUGCCCAAGCCAUUAAAGCUGGCCACUUCAGUGAUGAUGACGGCAUGAAAGCUGGGCAAGUGGGUGGAAUGGUCACGGGUCUGGCAGGCGCCAUCAUUUUCGUUGCAGGUCUACUUCGUCUGGGCUUCUUGGACAGCGUGUUGUCACGACCUUUCCUGCGCGGUUUUAUUAGCUCUAUUGGCUUGGUCAUCUUCAUCAAUCAACUGGUGCCGGAGAUGGGACUGGACCAGCUCGCUGAGCAUUCUAGACGAGCACAUGGCUCUCCACUCGAGUCUCUGAUGUUCAUCUUUGAUCACAUACACGAGGCGAGCAAGUCCACGUGCGCAGUGUCUUUCGGCGCUGUUGGGAUAAUUCUGCUUCUCAGAGAACUGAAGCGCAGCCUCCAACCACUUCCUAACCUGGGCUGGGUGGUGUUCCUGCCUGAUCGAUUUGCCAUCGUCGUAUUAUCAGCAGUCUUUGCUUGGCGAUUCGAUUGGCAAGCUCAAGGUAUCGAAAUUCUAGGAGAUAUUCGACCACCCCAAGGCGCCAGGGUCUUUGAGCCCCACUGGCCCUUUGCUCCGGAGAAUUUCAAAUACGUUAGCGACGCAUUUGAGACUGCCUUCAUCAUUGCAUUGUUGGGAUUCUUCGAGAGCUGUGUUGCAGCAAAGAGCUUAGGAAGUAGCAAUGUGGAGGAGAGUGAUGGCAUUCGUGGCAUCAGCGUCUCGUCGAAUCGUGAACUUGUCGCGCUCGGUGUCGCAAACGUUCUUGGUGGGGUUUUCAUGGCGCUGCCAGCUUUCGGUGGCUAUGGUCGAUCCAAGGUGAAUGCGAGCACAGGCGGGAAAACGCCAAUGAGCAGCAUUCUCCUUUCGAUCAUCACGGUCCUGUGCACGCUUUUCCUCCUGCCGUACUUCUACUACAUACCGAAAGGCGUUCUAUCCGCCAUGAUCACGGUCGUGUCGAUCUCGCUGCUAGAAGAGGCGCCCCAUGACAUCAAAUUCUUCUGGCGCAUCGGAGGCUAUGUAGAACUUUUCCUGAUGCUGCUCGUGUUCCUCACCACUUUCUUCUGGUCGUUAAGAGGUGGCAUUAUUGUUGGCAUUAUCUUCAGUCUGAUCCGUCUCAUGAAGCAUGCCACUCGACCAAGAAUCCAGAUCUUGGGUCGCGUUCCUGGCACCAACGACUUUGAAAAUGCAGAAGUACUGGCUGCAGAGGAUGUCGUCGAACUGGUGCCGCAUUCUUUGAUCGUCAAGAUCCCAGAGCCGCUCACGUUUGCCAACACGGGAUCGCUGAAAGACCGUCUACGUCGUCUUGAGAUCCAUGGUACCCAGAAUGCACAUCCCGCGCUCCCGCAAGUCCGCAAGAAGGAACACAACAAGAACGUCAUAUUCGACAUCCAUGGCGUGACAGGCAUGGAUUACGCUGCCACGCAAGUACUCCUCGAGAUCGUCGAAGAGUAUAUCAAUAAUGGCACCAAGGUAUUCUUCUGCCGAAUACCAAGUAAACGGAAUCACGUUUGGCAGCUGUUCAAGACGUCUGGCAUAGUUGAUGUAUGCGGUGGCGAACACAACUUCUUCAAGAGUGUCGAUCAAGCUCUCCGAGCGACUGAGAGGGAGAGCACAUUCCAUCAAUACCUAGAGCAGGAGUCUGGGCUCGAUUCUGCUGGCAGCGGUGCGGAGGGCUCGAUAAUGAUUCAAGACGAUGCGAGCUUUACACAAGACGAGGGCGGGCCACCAUCACGACGGAGAUCGAAGAGGCCGGAAGCAGAUGAGGAGGAGAACGUUGCAGGAACGCGAUAACGUCUGCAGAAGAAAUGGCCUAGGUUCUUUGCAUGAUGGUUUUUAUGGGCUAGAUUUCUUGUUUUACAUCUUGUUUUUCGAAAGCAGGCGAGGCGUUCUGGAGACAUGUAUACAGCAGACGGUGUUAGAAAUGAUCGAUGAAAAGCUUUCUGACCAGCGUUGAUGUACAGUGAGCACAGCAUUUUGCCUCAUGGCUGUAUGAGCUGGCAGAGACUCUGUCUACAAAG